CAACUUCGUCAAUUGAAAAUAUCUCUACUUUAGCCUCAGGCGUUCAACCUUACUCAACAGAAGCGCUUUUCGAGGACCACGUCAGAAACUAUCAAGCGCUUCAGGACCCCCGUGAUGUGCUGUGCAUUCUGCUGAUAUCGCUCCAAGCUAUUUCUUCUCACACCUGCCCUCCGUUGUUCUUUAUCUGGGACCUGAUUGGUGGUUCUGACCAGAGAUGAGAUAACGCGCGUUCUGGGACCACUGAUAAAAGCACACCCCUUGGUCGGUGGAGCCCAUGCAUAUCUGAAGCCUGCAGAGAGAACUGUGAUCAUGGCGGCUAUGGACCACUGGGACUUUUUCUUCCUGACCUGCAUCCUAGUCUCGACAGUGGCGACUGUUUAUUUCAACUAUCAUCGUCGGCCAGCCAGGCAGAAGCUCCCCCCGGGGCCGAAGGGUAUUCCAUUCUUCGGAAACAUGUUCCAGCUCCCGGUAGCUAAGCAAUACCGCAAGCUUCGUGAAUGGGCCCUCCAGUAUGGAGACAUUUACUACUUCCGGAUUGGCCCUCUACCGGUCGUAGUGCUGAACAGCGCCGAGGCUGCUGAUGAGCUAUUCAUCAAUCGCAGCCAGAAUUUCUCCAGCCGAAUACCUCCUCAUGUUGCGCAUGACAUCGUGAGUGACGGUCAGGCGAUGGCUUUCCUCCCGUACGGCGCCGAGUGGAAGGCAGCCAGAAGGGCGUUGCAGAAUUCAUUGGGUCCUGGUCCAUCGAAAGCUCUCCGUGUCAUUCAGGAGUUGGAGGCCCGGGUCCUACUAUAUGACUUCUUAUGCCACAAUAACCGUCAUGUCUCUCAGUUUCAAGCGGAAGGUCCACAUGGCGAGAUUCCCGAUGGUCACUGGUUCGCAAUAAUCCGCCGAUACACCACCAGCAUUAUCCUGAAUCUGAUGUACGGCGCACGAGUUCACAAGCUGCACGACAAUCCGGAGCUGCACAAGCUCUAUGAUAUUCUGGCGAACCUUCUGCAUGUUGCACAGGCGGGUCGAUACCUAGCGGAUACGUUCCCUAUUCUCCGUCGCCUUCCUAAUUUCCUUGCUCCGUGGAGAACGGAAGCUCGCAACAUGCAUGACUGGGAAUUUAGCUUUUGGAGAAGCAUGGUUGACGAUUGUCGAGCCGCGAUGCAGAAAGGAACGUCCCGCGAAUCCUUUGUGAGCGAUUAUUUGCAGAAACGUGCCGGCGCUGGCGCAGAGGAUGCCCCAGGAAAGGGCAUCACCGAUGACGGAUGGAUGCGCGACAAGUUCCUCGCCUACACUGCUGGCGGAGUCCUGGAGGCGGGCUCCGAUAGCACUGCAGUGACCAUACAAUCGUUCAUUCUGUUCAUGCUCAGCCAUCCCCGUUGCAUUCGCCAGGCUCAGGAAGAGUUGGACAAAGUUAUAGGAGCGAACCGUCUACCGGGAUUCGAGGAUAUGGAACGGUUGCCAUAUGUCGUUGCGUGCAUCAAGGAGACCCUCAGACGCAGACCAACGACACCGAUGGGCUUACCUCAUGCGAGUCUCGAAGAUGAUUUCUACCGUGGUUAUUUCAUCCCGAAGGGUUCCGUAGUUAUUGGUAAUGUGUGGGCAAUGCACAUGGAUCCCAAGCGAUACGUCAACCCCACUGCAUUUGAUCCUGACCGGUUCUAUGCCGACGGUAAGCUCACCCAAUGGGGCAGCGGGCCAGGAUUCCAGGAUCGCGAUCAUUAUAUCUUCGGGUGGGGUCGGCGAUAUUGUCAAGGAUCCCACAUCGCAGAACAGUCGUUGUUCAUCGUUCUGUCUCGUCUUCUUUGGGGUUUCAACUUUAAUGCGCCGCUUGAUCUCAAGACAGGCCAGCUCAUGAUUCCGGAUGUAGCGGAUGAAGACGCAACGUGGACUGAUGGCACCUUCAGCGGGCCGCACGUCUUUCCUGUUGCAUUCACUGCGAGAUCCGACAAACACGCAGAGGUCAUACGCAAAGCCUACGAGGACGCGCAAAUCGAGUGGCAAGCACUGGGCCUUGCAGUUGAUCUGCGGUAAUGAUGAAUAAUCAGGAUGACUUAUAUCGGCUGCGAUGCUCAUGGGGUCAUAUUCGGGAAGGCGGCAGUGGGCAUUGCAUUGGUAGAGGUUGCCCUUGUAGCUGCUGGCGGCAUGCUUAGAUUGCCGUGCGAGAUCUUCAGAUUUACGAGCUGACCUUUCAGUUCAUACGAUCGCCUCGUAAGAAAUAAACGGCUCUUCCACGCGCGGUUCGUGCUAACUCGUGUCUGAGUCGCGUAUUUCGUGGAUUAAGCGCCGUACAGUUGCCGUCGAGUACUUGAAUGUCCGCGUCUCGAGACAUACAUAUCGCGCGUAACUCUCUC